AUGACAACACGCACUAGUGCUUCUCUACUCAUCGUCGAGUUUGCAACUUACUCACGCAGCCCCGUCAUCGCGGUCUCCAUCCUCACCGGCGAGGCGGUCAACCGGUCUGUCGUUGCUGAUGUCCCGAACUCGCCCAACCUCAACUCCGGGGUCCCCCCUCCCCUCCCGGUGUCCGCAGCGGCACCGGAUCAGCCCUGCCAGUGGGCAGCCAUCACCUCUCACAUCCACCGUGCUGGAUGA